UCGGUCUCUGGCUUCCAGUGGUGGCUGCCAUUCCUGUAGCCUGGUUUCCGCAGACCAUCGCGCAGAAGGCCCUGCAGGCCCAGGGGUCUGGGUCUGGUCCUUCCCUCUGAACCCCCCAGGGUGCUGUUUAUGCAGCAGCGCCCUGCAUGUGCAUCAGGGUGACAGAGCCUCCCCGAAGUUGAUCGGGGAAGAGUCCCCAAGGACCUUGUGGAAGAUUCGCGAUGUUUUCUCUAAAUUGGGCAACACACAGGUGAAGCCCCAUGCCUGGCUUUUCUGGGUGGGAACAGCUAAAAUGAUUAAUUCAGUGUCUUUGCUGGUUUGGGCGCUGUUCACGUUUUCUAGUCCUUUUCUGUGUUAGUCUCGGUAAUUUUGUCCCAGUAAGUUCCAUUUUUCUUUGGUAGUCGACAUCCCUGCCUGGGGAGAAGCUUUCACCCCAGUUUAACAUCCUCGGCGAUUUCUGGGUCUGUGCUCCAUUUAUAUUCGUGGGUUGGAAUUCUCCAAAGAAGAGCUUUCCUUUUUCUCCUCGACUAUUCAUUUGAACCAGUAGAUGUGGUUUCCUGUUUCUUUCAGCGGGUUGCAAUCUCUGGUCUUUUAAAGAUCAGCAUUAUUGAGACAUGCGUUUUCUGUGAUGAGCACACCCACUCUGGGCAUAUGGUUCCCGGUGAGACCGACGAGGCUUCCAGCCGCUGCCCCCGCUCCCCAGGCAGCCCCUCCAGGCACCUGCCGUCCUGUCGUCGGCGCUAGCUGUGCCAUCCUCGGUUCUCACUCAUGAGGUCUUGAGUGUGUGCUCUGGUUUGUCGCGCAGCAGAGGGAUUGGGGGCCUGUGUAGCGGGUGUCCGGGGUUAAUUUCUGUUCAUUGGUGAGGAGCGUGCCACGGCGCGAGCCACCCCAGCUUGUCCAGCUGCCUGUGCCGGGCGUUUGGGUUGGUUCUGUAACGAAGCUGCUGUGAGUAUCUUUCCUGCGGGCAGGUGAUUCCGCUGCUCUGGGUCGGCAGAGAGCGGUAGACUAGUUGGUGCAACCAGUGAACGUGUGUUGGAGGUGACUCACCCCCUGCACUCCCAUCAGCAGUGUGUGCGUUGUAGCUGCGCCGCGUUCUUGCCCACGCUCGUCCUCCCCACCCCCAGCGGGCGUGUGUGUGUCAGGUUCCGCUGCCCUGCGUGGCCCCGCCAGGUGCCGAGCGCAUAUGUGCUCCCGGAGAGCCCUCACCCCCGAAGAGCUGAGCACAGAGAAGACACCCGAGGGCCGCCGGCGGGCGGUCCUGGUUCGCAACCCCGUGUAGUGGAUGGAGCCAGGAGCUGUACCCCGAGGUCACGCUGAUCACUGCCUUGAAGUUCAGGAUGAGAGAGGUUUUGCUUCUCGUAUUUUCUGUCUGGAUCUCCUCUCAUGUCCAGGGUCUCACUUCUCAGUCCCAGCAGUUGCUCCCUUGCAUUUCACAGACCCGUCCCAGGAUAAGAGCUGGAGGUGCUGCAGCUCCUGGAGAGACGGGCUCACUUCUCCCUUUGUCCCGAGUGGCCCCCACGCUUGGCUGUUACAUCUUUGCCGUGAAUAUUUCACACUUCUUUAAAAAAAAAUUAUUUAUUUAAUUAAUUUAUUGGCAGCUUUGGGUCUUCAUUGCUGCGCGCGGGCUUUCUCUAGUUGUGGCGAGCGGAGGCUACUCUUUGUUGCGGUGCGCAGGCUUCUCAUUGCGGUGGCUUCUCUUGUUGCGGAGCACGGGCUCUAGGCGCGCGGGCUUCAGUAGUUGUGGCUCACGGGCUCUAGAGAGCAGGCUCAGUAGUUGUGGCGCACAGGCUUAGUUGCUCCGCGGCAUGUGGGAUCUUCCCGGACCAGGGCUCGAACCCUGGUCCCCUGCAUUGGCAGGCAGAUUCUUAACCACUGCACCACCAGAGAAGCCCAAUGUUUCGCACUUUUUACAGACGUAGUCACACUGUGGAAGCGCAGGGAGACCGGAACAGCACCCUGUGACCGUCUUGCCAUGGCCUGGCGACUCCUGGCCGGGGCUGCUUCGUCUCUCUCCACCCCCUCCCCCUCUGUUAUUUUGAAGCAGAUCCUCAUUUUACCUCUGAGUGUCUCACAGUAUGUUUCUGGAAGAGGGAGUCUCUCUUUUGAUUUAACAAUGAGGCCGUUGUUACACCCAAGGAGAUGAGCCAUAAUCGCGCAGCACGGUGGAAUGGCUGGUCGGUGUUGAAAGUUCUAAUUGUGUCACAAAUUGUGAUGGAAUUUAAAAAAUAGUUUACUUGCAUCUCGAGCCAAAGGAGGUCUGUGCUGCACUAGUGGCUGCCUGUUAAGUGUCUCUGUGUCCUCUUGACUGGGGUUGAUGCGGGGUCUCCUAUCCUGGCGCAUCCCUCGCGGGCAGGUCUCACCUGCUCCGGCUGGGCGGCUGGAGCCCCGAGGCUGGCUCAGGUGCAGGUGGGCGUUUCAUUGGGUUGGUGGGGUGUUUGAAGGGUUGCUUGGGUUGGGGUUGGGGGUCCUCCCAGCGGGCAGCUCCGCCAGGCUCUCUGUUCACAGUCAGGCAGCCCCGGGGCUCAGGUCUCAGAUCCAUGAAGUGACGGAGGAGGUGAAGGAGAGGCUUCCUCCUGACGGGCUGCUUCCAGGAGUGCAGUUUCCGUGGACAGCACGGGCUCGCUGGCGCCUCCGUCUGUUUCCUUUGUUGAGCAGUUCUCAGAACCCCCGAGCUGCUUGUAGCAUCCUUCAGUGGAGAUCAGGAAGACGGAGGAAAGCGUCGGGAAGAAAGAAAACCCAGCCCAGAUCAUCUGUGAAGAGCAGGAGCUCGGGGACGAGGUCCAGGAAACGCCAGGGCCGCGCGAAGAAGAGUAAAGGGAAGAAGAUAAAGAAUGAAGCCACAGCUCGUUCCCGCAUCGCACGGACGCUGGGCCUCCGCAGGCCAGCCCAUGGAGCCUGCAUCCCCUCGGUGUACAAGCCUGCAGACCCCUCUCUGGGGCUGAUGCGUGCAGACAUCGGGGCAGCCUCUCUCUCCCUGUUUGGAGACCCUUAUGAGCUGGACCCCUUCGACAGCAGUGAAGAGGCAUCUCCGAGCCCUGCUUCCCCUCUGAGCGUCAAGAGGAGGAUCCUGUCCCGGUCAGCCCUGCGGUCGCACCAGCCUGUGGCCAGGCCCGUCUCCAUGGGGCUCUCCAGGAGGAGCGCUCCCGCCAUGGCGCCCCAGCCGGAAGUGGAUGCGGACCCCGGCCCUGACCUGCUGGGAAGCAUCCUGUCGGGCCAGAGCUUCCUGAUGAUGAACGGCGCCGACAUCGUCAUCCACCGCGAUGGCUCCCUCAGCGCCAAGAGGGCAGCGCCAGUUUCUUUUCAGCGAAACUCAGUUGGUCCAUCCAGAGGGGCAGAAGGCGCCGGGUCUGGGGCCUGCCUGCAGCCCAGAGAGACUCAGUCAGGAAGCGGGCCAGAGAGCUUGGGGUCCAGCUGUCCAGGCAGGGCUACCCCAGGCACACCCCCGGCCCCGCCCACCCCCGCCCAUGUCCCUGCGCUCACGUUGGGGGCAGCUGUGAGACUGGACUCCUUGGUGACCCUUCAGUCAGGCCAGGCUCAGACCUUGUCCAGCGUGAGCGGACCCAGCUUAAAACAAAGUGACGGCCCCCGAUUUAACGGCGACAGCAAGCACCCUCCGCCUCUUAGGUCUGUGUCAUUGAAGACCUCGAAUGGUAGCUCUAACUCGCCUUCCGAGAGCACGGUGCUGGGACAGGCCCCGAGACCAGCUCCCAGGAGGACGGACAUCUCCGAGCUCCCCAGGAUACCAAAGAUCAGGAGAGACGACAGGCGGGUGGGCGAGGUCCCUGCCGGCGGGCAGAGAGUCGAGAUUCCCAGCUCCUGCAUCAGCCGGCUGACGGGCAGGGAGGGCCCCGGGCAGCCUGGCUGUGGCGCCAGGGCGGAGGGUGAGCCCAGCAGCAGGGGCGCUCAGGAGCCCAGCACGCGCUCGGGGGGCGGUCCCCAGCCCCCUGCCCCGCUGGGCCCCUCCCGGGGGAAGGGUGUCGGCUCCACCUUCGAGAGCUUCAGGAUCAACAUUCCUGGGAACACAGCCCAUUCCGGCAGAGUCCUCAGCCCCGGCUUCUGCAACACGUUCCGGCCUGUGGACAGCAAGGUGCAGAGAAGAGAGAGCCCUGUGCCCCUCUUCUCCGUCAGGAAGACGAAGCAGCUCAAGAGCGAGAUCUAUGACCCCUUCAACCCCACGGGCUCUGACUCCAGCUCGGCCAGCAGCAGCCCCGAGCACCCGGGCUCUGGCCUCCUGCCCUCUGAGAUCACGCGCACCAUCUCCAUUGACAGCCCCAAGGCCCCCGUGCUGCCGCCCGUGCGCUGCGUCACCUCCUACACGGUGCAGACCGGCAUGGGGAAGGAGCCCGAGCCCCCCCAGGGGCCCUGCGGCCUGCCCGAGCUCCAGGGCGAGGAGGAGCCCGUGGCACAAGCACAGAGGCCGUCCCCGCCAGAGCCCUGGGGGGACGAGGACCCACCACCCCGCAUCUCCUUCUUUGGCUCAGAGGGGCGGACGGUGACUUGUGUGACUGCGGUGGAGCCGGACGCCCCACCCAGUCCGGACGCCCUGCCCGUGACCACCCACAGGGUCGUGGAGCUGCGGUCCCCCACCCGUUCCCGCUCCAGGUCCAGCUCCCGCGGUGGGAAGAAAGCCCAGAGGCCGAGGGUCGCCACCAGGGAGCACCGGAGGGCCCGCUCAGGGUCCCGCUCGUCGCACUCGGGGGACAGGAGCUCGCGGUCUGCGUCGCCACCGGCAGGUGAGGACCAGGCCAAGAGGCACCGGCCCAAGGCCCGGGAUCGGAGGUCUUCCAGCGACCGCUCCAGCAGCCGCGAGCGCACCAAGCGGAGGAAGGCCAAGGACAAGAGCAGGGAGAGAAGGAGGGGCUCCUGGGGCCGAGGCCGGCGGAGGUCCCGCUCCCGCUCCGGCAGCCCCGGCAGCUCCUCCCACGAGCAUCGCGAGGGCAGGAGGAAGAAGAGGCGGAGGUCGGGGUCCCGGUCUCGGGGGAGGGAGUGCUCACCCCACAGCAGCCUGGAGAGAGCCCGGAGGCCCAGGCACCCCCGGGAGAGGAGGGAGCGGCCCGACAGGGAGAGUGCCGCGCGGCUCCGAGACAGGCGAGGCUCCUGGGAGAGGAGGCGGCGUAGGUCCAGGUCACCCAGCCCCGAGCACAGGCCCCGGGAGCACCGGCGGCCUCGGUCCCGUGAGAAGCGCCCACGGCCCCGCCCCCGCUCCCCGGAGAGGAAGUUGGCUCCGAAAGAGGCUUCUCCGGCACCCCUUCCCCAGGGGGAGCCCAGGCCGGACAGGGAGCCCCCGGCCAGGCCCCUGGCCUUGGCAGGAACAGACGCCUUGCUGGAGGGGUCCGAGGCCGACAAGCCCCCCACAAAGGUCCCCCCAGUCCUGGAGGUGCCAGCCGAGUACCCCCCUGAGGAUCUGGAUUACGGUGACUCCGUGGAGGCGGGGCACCUCUUCGAGGACUUUUCGAACGAAGCCAUCUUCAUGCAGCUUGAUGACAUGAGCUCCCCGCCCUCCCCGGAGAGCACGGACUCCUCCCCAGAGCGAGGCCUCUUGCCCAAGCCCACUGGGCCCCCGGCUGGCCAGCAGCAUGACGCUGGCCUGGCCGUGGCCAUCAUCCGCAGGGAGGUGUCUCGGAUCCACGGUGAAGAUGUGGCGCAGCCCCUGCCCAGGAUGGAGGGCCCUCGAGAGGAGCACUUGCUCCAGCAGGACGCGGCCGAGGCAGCCACAGCUCCCUGCGCUCUGGGAGGCCAAGCCAUGGGCGGGGCGCCUGCAGGGAAGGAGGAGGGUCCCUCUCAGAACCCCCUGCUGCGGGUUAAGGCACUGGUGAAGAGAGUCACCUGGGACCUCCAGGAGGUGGAGAGCGGUGCCCCGGCUGAGGACAGAGGCCUGCGGACGCCGCUUCACAGGCCGCAGAAGCCCCGGGAAACCGAGGACGCGGGCCCCGUGGCUGCGUUCCAGCAGGCUCCCUUCUCUGAGCCCCCUCCCCCUGGUUAUGUGCUUCCAGAGCCUGGCUUUCCUGAUGCUGACCCUUCUCAGGUACAGAGCCUGAACCUGCCCCCCACCCCGGCUCUGCCUUCGAGUGUCCCACCAUACGCACCUGUCAGCCAGCCCGCGGUCCAGUUCCUCUUGCAGGGGAGCCUGCCCCUGAUGGGCUGCGGGGUGGCCCAGAGCCCGGCCCCGGUGCCCACCGUCCUGACUGCAGCCUCAGAGCCGGCUGGUCAUGCUGCCACUGUGACCACCGCCGCUGCCAACAGCUCCGAGGAGAGAACAGCUGCUCCCAGGCCAGCCUCGGAGAAGACCAAGAACGAGGAGUACAUGAAGAAGCUGCACGUGCAGGAGCGGGCUGUGGAGGAGGUGAAGCUGGCCAUCAAGCCCUUCUACCAGAAGAGGGAGGUGACAAAGGACGAGUACAAGGACAUUCUGCGCAAGGCCGUGCAGAAGAUCUGCCACAGCAAGAGUGGGGAGAUCAACCCCGUGAAGGUGGGCAACCUGGUGAAGGCCUAUGUGGACAAGUACAGGCAUAUGCGCAGACACCGGCGGGCCGAGGCCGGUGAGGAGCCGCCUGCCCAGGGUGCCGAGGGCUGAGGCUUGCCCGGGGCCCUUCUGGCUGGAGUAGCCGAAGCAGAAAACUCCGGGCCACUCGCCCUCCCGUUUCCAGGGUUCCUGUGAUCGCACGUGGUCUGUGCACCUGUCUUGCUCACAGUUUAAAACUGGACUUUUAUAUGUAUAUUAUAGACACACACUGUUCCCAUUGUGUUCUAAUUUAUCAAAAACGGAUUAUCUUUAGAAAUGUC